ACCAAUCAUUCUAGGUAACCGACGGCUGUUUUAACUAUAUAUGCUCACAUCAUCCAAGGUUCAGGAGCAAGCCAACACAAGUCUUCUACUCCCAGUCAUAUCUUAUCAAAGCUCUUUCUGUCCUGAACUCUUUAGUGUACCUUUUUCAGAGAAAUUCAAAACCAUGGGUUUCCGAUUUCCUGGUGUUGUACUUGUACAUGCCAAGAAAAAUCAAGUUUCUUCAAAAUCAUUGGAUGUUCCAAAAGGCUAUCUUGCCAUCUACGUUGGGGAGAGCCAGAAGAAGCGGUUUGUGAUUCCGGUGUCCUACUUGAACCAACCUCCAUUUCAGGAUUUGUUAAGCCUGGCUGAAGAUGAAUUUGGAUAUGAUCAUCCAAUGGGUGGUCUCACAAUCCCCUGCAGUGAAGACACCUUCCUUGAUCUCACCACUCUGUUUGGUGUAUAAGUAGAGGCUACAAUAUAUGUCAACAAUUUUGACACCAACGGCCGUAGAAGCACUUGGCAUUUUAAUUUUUAAUCGCUUUCUGGCUCGCAUGAAGGAGGUUCAAUUGAUCGAUCGUCCAAUGAAUCGUCCUGAUGGAAGAGGACAGCAACGUCAAACCGCUUGCGAGCUGAGAGGAAAUGGCCAACCUAGCGGACAUAAACUCACUGACACAAAUUUUCAAGAAUAGUUAUUGUCAACCGAAUGUACAUAGACAUAGUUGUCCUGCAAGACGAUAAUUUACAAUGCAACGGUUUUAUAGUUUCAUGACUUACUUUCAUUUUAUUUGCUAUCGUCUUUCAAUCUAGUUACGAACAGACGAUAAAAUUUACACAAAAGGGACUGACUAAUUACUGGAAUAUUGACAGACGAAUGGGGAAUAUAGGCAUAUUUUAUAGCAAAUUGAAGCCUCAUAAGUAUAUGCUU